AUGGACAAGGCCUCUUCUGUACUCGCUGCCCUCAACGCCGGCAAGAUCCCCUCUUCCGCGCAGCUCGCCACCUGGGUCGACGCUGCCCUCGACUCCGCCGUCCUCCGCGCAGACCCCUCCGCCGACGGCGGCUCGGAGCUCAGCCAGCAAGGCAAGGCCCUCCAGAACGGCCUCCGCGACGUUCUCGUCGCCUGGAAGCAGCUUGGAGAGAGCAAGAACGGCGACAACCUCCUGCAAGAAUCCCUCUGGCACCUCUCCGCCGCCGACCUCUCCUCCACCACCGCCAACGUCGACGUCGACACCGACCAGGCUCACCGCGACGCCCGCAACCUCGCCCGUGCCCUCCGCACGCUCGUCUCCGUCGUCGGCGAGAACAUCGCCCAGGAGGGACGCAGCGUCUUCCACGACUUUGCGUCCUUCAGCCGCCUCGCCCUUGCGGACGCCGCAGAGUACGUUGCUGACGGUGCGCACAAGACUGCCGAAGGGCUGCGCGAGCUCGACAGCCAGGUCGACGCGGGCGAGCGGAACGAGGUCGGGGUGCGGAAGCGCAAGGCCGACGAGGUGGAGGAGGAAGACCAGGAUGCGCGCGCAAAGUUCGAGCGCGGGAUGGACAAGACGAAGGUGGUGGGGGGGAAGGCGAUCGGUGCGGGCCAGGCAGCGGUUGAUACCGCCGAGGACGUCGCGAACCGCACGACGACGCGUCUGGAGGAUGCGUUCAACAAGAUCUGCGACCGUGCGCAAGAGGACGAGCAGUACCACUCUGCCGUCUCCACGCUCUUCGACGUCGCCCACAAGUGGAUCCACCGCAGCCUCGACAGCGCGGGCGACGUCAACCGGGACACGUCCCUCGAGGCGUUUAUCAACGACCCGACGCCAGAGCAGCACCUCCUCCAGGGCAUCCGCGGGCUGCGCGCAGUGCUCGAGCGGCUCGCGGGCGGGAAGAGCCUCGACGGCCUCUUCGGCGCGGUCCGCGUGUGCGGCGUCGACGUGCAGCAGGACGAGAGCAUCCGCUCGUGGUGCGACUCCGCGCUCGAGCACGCGCGCAAGUGCGUCGAUGAGCAGGGGUACGUGCGGAGCGAGGAGGCGAAGGAGCGGGGCGAGGCGCUGCGGAGGGAGGGGCGCGAGCUCGCGGACAAGGACUCGGACGAGGGACGGAAGUGGAAGGAAGACGUGGGGGAGUUCCGGCGCGAGGCGGCGGAGUUUGAGCAGGCGAUGGAGCGGGACGAGGAGCUGCGCAAGGUCAGGACGGCUCACCGACAGCUCGGGGACGACAUCGAGGAGAGCCUCGUCGUGGCGGGCAGCGCGGGCUUGCAGACACUCAUGGAGAAGGCGCCGUGGUUUUGGCAGGACCUGUUCAACUUCUACCUGCCCAAGGCCGUCGGGAUGCUCAAGGACAUCCCGAUUCCGAGGACGGAAUACAAGGACAGCGAGGUCGAGUUCGUGCUCGAGGACCUCGACAUAUCAAGCUUCGGCCUGCUGCCCGGGCACGCGUACAUCCGGAACAUCACGGACAUCGACAUCCAGGCGCCGUCGAGCGGGCAGACGAACACCGCGGUCGGGUCGCUCACGCGGAUCUACAUCCAGGCGCUGCACCUCGCGCUGCGGGAGGUGAGCUUCUACUACAAGGACAAGACCGCCGCGGUCGGGCCCGCGGAGUUCACGGGCAUGCUCGCGUUCACGCUCCCGCCGCAGGGCAUCGACCUGGACGUCGUCGUGCGGAGCAUCCCGAACUCGGCGGAGGGCCUGAAGGAGCGCGCGCGGCGCGGCGGGUUCCUCGAGGUGCAGCGGGUGGAGGCGCGGGUGAGCGAGGACGUGGAGGUGCGCGUCACGGAGAGCAACCACUCGGUGCUCGUGAGCGUGUUCCGGCCGGUGAUGGUAGGGCGGUUCCGGGACGCGCUGCGGGUGGUGCUCGAGCAGCAGGUGCGCGCGGCGAUCGAGGCCGCGGACGCGCUCCUCUGGGAUGUGGGCAAGCGCGCGGACGUGUUCGGGGAUGCGGGGCUCGGGCGGGGGGCUGCGCUCGUUGCCGGGUUCUGGAGCGAGCUUGGGCACCUGCGGAAGACCGGCGAGGGUGGGGGCGUGCUGGGCGGGUGGCGCGCGACGGGGACCGGCGUGGUGAAGCGGGACGGGGAGGCGCAGUUCGCGAUGGGGGCGGAACCGCAGGUGUUGGGGGGCGAGAAGCGGGGCCCGAAGGGGACGCUGAGUGAGUCGGUCGCGGAGCGGUAUGAUCUCGAGGGGAAGAAGGAGGCGGCGGCGGAGACGGGCGGGCAGCUGAAGGGUGUGGCGGAGCAGGCGAAGGAGGGCGUGAAGGAGGGCGUGAGGAAGGUGCGUGGGUUUGGGGAAGCAGUUGAGAGGAAGACGGAGGAGGAGCGCGGGAGGGACGGGUGGCAGAGCUCGGCGUUUGACGUGUCUGCGUGA